GGAAACUGAUGUGGUUGAUGAAAACCGGAAAUACUAUAGUCUUGAACGUAAUUCAAAACGUGGUUUCAAGUUGUUUCUAGCUAGGUUCUGGAAACGUGAGUGAAGCAGAAUGGUUAAAUUAACGGUGGAGUUAAUCGAAAUGGCAGCGCAGUACACAAAUCCUGUUCGGGAUAGGCAGCUUGAUCUUCGAGGAUACAAAAUUCCCGUUAUUGAAAAUUUGGGAGCCACACUGGAUCAGUUUGACACAAUAGAUUUUUCAGAUAAUGAUAUUAGGAAGUUGGAGGGAUUUCCUUUACUGAAAAGGCUUAAAACGUUACUUUUGAAUAACAAUCGGCUUUGUCGAAUUGGUGAAAAUCUUGAGCAGUCUUUACCAAAUCUCAGAGAGUUGAUUCUUACAAACAACAACCUUCAAGAGUUGGGUGACUUGGAUCCUCUUGCAACAGUGAAAUCUCUUACCUUCCUAAGUCUUGUGAGAAAUCCAGUUACAAAUAAAAAGCAUUACCGGCUGUAUGUAGUUCACAAAAUUCCACAGGUCAGAGUACUUGACUUUCAAAAAGUACGCCUAAAGGAACGCGAGGAGGCUGAGAAAAUGUUCAAGGGCAAACGGGGUGUACAACUUGCAAAGGAUAUUGCCAAGAGAACAAAAACUUUCAUACCAGGUGCUGGAUUGCAGACAGACAAAAAGAAGACUGGACCUUCUGCAAAUGAUGUUGAGGCAAUUAAGAAUGCCAUAGCAAAUGCAACAACUUUGGCUGAAGUGGAACGGCUGAAAGGACUUCUACAGUCAGGCCAGAUCCCCGGCAGAGAUAAGACACAAGGUCAGUGUCUCAUAGUUUUUUGUUUUGAUUUUGUGGUCCAAGUAUGGUGACCAGUGGUGAAAUUC